AUGCCAAAAGCCCUGAAAAAGUCGGGUGCCUCUCAAACGUCCAUCAGCAGGUACUUCGGAGGACUUGGCAGCAGCGCCUUCAAAACGCAAACGGGUCGUGAUCACCCGAAAGGCAAGAAGCGCGUCCCCCAGCACUCGGAUGACGAACUCCCUUCCAAGCAAGCCAGGCUCUCCCUGCAGGUGGAUGAUGGAGGUCUUGACACAGCACCCACUCGCAGAUCUGCAGAGCAAAAACCGUCCUUAAACAAAGGACCAGUGGGAUUGUGCCCUUCCACCUUGGAGAGGCUGAAAGGCUUCAGCUGCACGAAUGAGCCCAGUGGUGGGAACUGCGUUAUUGUGACUCAUGUGAAGGAGGCAGGCAGGGAUCGUCAUGGCUCUCCUGCUAAUGUCCAAAGUCAACACAGCAAUGAUGACCAGCUCAUGGAGAAUGAGGGAGAACAGCAUUCAACCCAGACACUCUGCUUUUCUCAAUUUGCCAAGCGAGGAGGAAAUGCGUCGGAGGUCAGUUUUCCAUCAGACAGGCGCUCAAAGAGUGUGUACACUCCUCUGGAGCAGCAGGUCAUCCAGCUGAAACAGCAGUACAAGGACGCCUUGUUAGCUGUGGAGUGUGGAUACAAAUACAGGUUUUUUGGAGAGGAUGCAGAGAUUGCAGCAAAGGAGUUGAAUAUCUUCUGUCACCUGGACCAUAACUUCAUGACGUGCAGCAUCCCCACACAUCGAUUAUUUGUGCACGUCAGGCGACUGGUGUCCCACGGGCACAAGGUGGGUGUCGUCAAGCAGACCGAGACUUCUGCCAUCAAAGCAUCAGGGGUCAAUAAGAACACUUUGUUUAAACGGCAACUAAGUGCACUCUACACCAAGUCCACGCUGGUGGGAGAAGAUGUCAACCCAGUGCGCAGUGCAGACGACGUGACGGAGGGCGGGAGUCAGGAUGCCAUGUCGGAGCCUCCUGACAGCAUCCUGUUAUGUAUCAGUGAAAAUUGGGACAAGUGGAAGAAGCAGCUGACUGUUGGGCUGGUGGCAGUUCAACCCAGCACAGGAGAAGUGCAGCUGGAUUCUUUUCCUGACGGUCAUUCUCGCUCUGAACUGGAGAGCCGUGUCUUGAAGAUAAACCCUGUAGAGAUCCUGGUGCCCUCUGACCUCUCAGCACAGACUCAUAAACUGUUGCAAAGCAUCAGCAAUGCCAGUACUCAGGCUGACGACAAAGUGCGUGUUGAAAAGAGGGACAGCACCCAGUUUGAGUUUGCUUCUGCAAUGAACACAGUCACUGAAUUCUAUUGCCACAAUCAGGUUGAAGGUUGUCGCUCUCUAUCUAAUGUGGCAUCAUUAGAGAGCCCAGUGAUCUGCUGUUUGGGUCCUCUCAUCCAGUACCUCCAAGAGUUCAACUUGGAGAGAGUGCUUAGAAGUGAAAGCUACUUCCAACGUCUGACGAGUGAGUCACAGGGAAUGAUCCUCAGUGCGUCCACCCUCAGGAACCUGGAAGUCCUUAACAAUCAGACAGAUGGUGGUGUGAGGGGCAGUCUGCUGUGGGUGUUGGACCACACGCGCACUCCAUUUGGGAGGAGGCUCAUGAGGAAGUGGGUGACUCGUCCUCUUACAGACCCACAGUCAAUCUCGGAACGGCAGGAUGCUGUGCAGGAAAUCCUGGAGUCUGAUUCUCUCACAUUAAACUCCGCAAAAUCCCUGCUGGUGCAUUUACCUGAUCUGGAGAGAGGCAUUUGCAGCAUUUUCAACAAAAAGUCCUCCACGCAGGAGUUUUACCUCAUCAUCAGCAGCCUUUGCUGCCUGGCACUAGAACUGCAGGCCCUGCUACCAGUUAUUCGAGCGCAGGUCCAAUCCGGGCUCAUUCGAGGUCUCCUGCUGGACACUCCAGACCUUUUAGCACCGGCCCACGGCUUCCUCGGCGUGCUCGACGAAAAGGCAGCCAAGUGUGGGAAUAAGACAGAACUCUUCUCCGAUCUGUCAGCUUUCCCGCUGCUGCGGGAAAGAAGAGAGCAAAUACAGGAAGUUCUACUACAGAUUCAGAAUCAUCGCAGAGAUGUCCGACUUGUCCUGAAAGCCCCUGCCCUCGAUUAUAUCACUGUGUCAGGACAGGAGUUUCUGAUUGAAGUGAAGAACUCGCAGUCCUCCAUUGUCCCUUGUGACUGGGUCAAAGUCAGCAGCACCAAGUCAGUCAGCAGGUAUCAGUCUCCAUUUGUGGUGGAGCACCACAAGAAGCUGCUGAAGCUCCGUGAGCAGCUGCUGCUGGACUGCCAGAGGGAGUGGACCAAUUUUAUGGAUCAGUUUGGGGAGCACUAUCACACCAUCAAAAGGGCCAUUAGUCACCUAGCAACCAUGGACUGUCUCUUCUCAUUGGCUGAGGUGGCCAAACAUGGGGACUAUUGCAGGCCAGAAGUGUCAGACAGUGAGCAUCAGAUUGUGAUCAAGGAUGGCAGACACCCUGCUAUAGACCUACUAAUAAGAGGGCAUGGCCAAUAUGUGCAAAAUGAUACGCAACUACAGGCUGAUGGAAAAAGAACAAUGAUCAUCACUGGUCCUAACAUGGGGGGAAAGAGCUCAUACAUCCGCCAGGUUGCCCUGAUCUGUGUUAUGGCCCAAAUUGGCUCCUACGUGCCCAGCUCUGAGGCCCGGCUGGGUAUUUUAGAUGGCAUAUACACCAGAAUGGGAGCGUCAGACAACAUUUACAAAGGUCGCAGCACCUUCAUGGAGGAACUGAGUGAAGCCUCAGAAAUGAUUUCACAUGCGACUCAGCGUUCCCUGGUCAUCUUGGACGAACUCGGCCGAGGAACCAGCACCCAUGACGGCAUUGCCAUCGCCUAUGCUACUCUUGACCAUUUCAUCAGAGUUGUGAGGUCUUUCACUCUCUUUGUGACUCAUUACCCCCCUUUGUGUGAGCUGGAGCGGCUGUAUCCACAACAUGUGUCCAACUACCACAUGUCUUUCCUCCUCAAUGACCCUGAUGAACCCACCGAGAUUGAAGAUGGAGAGGUUCGUCCUGAAUUUAUUACUUUCCUGUACCAACUGAGCGAAGGAGCCGCUGACCGAAGUUACGGCCUUAAUGUGGCCCGCUUGGCUGACAUCCCAGAGUCAAUACUCCUCACUGCGGCCCUCAAGGCCCGAGAGCUGGAGGACGCUGUCAAUUCCCGAAGGAGGAAGAAAUUACUUUCUGAGUUUUGGAACAUCUCGGACAAAUCCUCUCUCAGCGAGUGGCUGCGGUCCAACUUCUGA